AUGCACGCUCUCGGCUUCCUGAGGAGGAAACGGACCAGGGACGGCAAUCCGGGCCAUUCGUCGUCAAGCAAUCCGACGAGCCCCGUAACACCGACAGGAAGCAGCUUCGACCAAUCCUCCGUGCCUCGCGGCUCUCGCUCGAGCGCGGCGUCGCAGUCCACACACCGCCCCUCGGUGACUGCUACUCCUCAGAACAAGCCGGCCGAACCGGCGGCUGAGCAGCAGCAACCUCAGCAGCAACCUCAGCAGCAACAAGCACAAGCACAGCAGCAACCAAUGAAUACCCUCUCGCCGCAACCGCCCUACGCGGUGGCGCAACACACCCCCCUCUCCCGGUACCGAUCCGCAGAACGGUGCCGCCGCAUCUCGAAUUUGAUCAACCCCACUCAGGUUGAUGGGAGCUGCUGGCCUAUCCACAGCACCAAGGAGGGCAAUAUGCGCAGUACUCGAACAAUGGCGGAACGGCCUCAAACCAUCCCCAAAUACAACACCAGCAACAACAACAACCCCAACUCCAGCAGCCACAGCAGGUACAGCAGCCGCAGCAGGUACAGCAGGCCGCAGCAGGUACAGCAGCCGCAGCAGGUACAGCAGCCGCAGCAGGUACAGCAGCCCGCAGCAGCAGGCACAAGCAGCAGUAUCAGCGCAGAGCGAGACGCGGGUCACCAAGGGAAAAUUACUCGUUUGGCGGACUUUGAGCUUGUUAAUGCUGGGCGAGGUCAAGCACCCGUUUCCUUAUCACAUUGUGGGGGCACCUUUUCAGGAUUCCAAGAACUUGUACAUGGUGAUGGACUUCGUCGAGGGCGGCGAGCUCUUUUCGCUGUUAAGGAGGUCAGGGGGCCUAUAACAAAAUCGGUGGACUGGUGGUCCCUCGGCAUCCUGAUCUACGAAAUGCUCUGCGGGUACACGCCCUUCUGGGAUAGCGGGUCGCCUAUGAAAAUCUAUGAGAACAUAUUGCGCGGCAAGGUCAAGUACCCGGCGUACGUUAACCCGGACGCGCAGAACCUGCUCGAGCGACUCAUCACGGCCGACCUUACGAAGCGCCUCGGCAACCUGUAUGGCGGGUCGCAGGACGUCAAGAACCACCCAUGGUUCGCCGAGGUGACGUGGGACCGCCUGGCCCGCAAGGAUAUCGACGCGCCAUACUCUCCCCCCGUGCGCGCCGGCGCUGGCGAUGCGAGUCAGUUUGAUCGGUACCCGGAGGAAACGGAGGGAUAUGGCCAGGUGGGAGGUCAUGAUGAGUACGGGCAUAUGUUCCAGGAUUUUUAA